AUGCGAAUCAAACUCAAUGCCUUAGAUGAAAUAAAAAGACCCACUCUACUGCACAAACACGUGGCCAAAAUCAACGAUAUCUUCAUCAGAAAGCAGAUUCAUGCGGCUAAAGGAGACCUUGAAACCACUCCAUAUUGGCUUCAGAUGCAGAAUGAGGGUUUCCGCGAAGAGGCUGGGUUCUUCAUUUCACAUAAGACCCAGGAUGGAGCCCGAAGAAAGCAAGUGGGUAGAGGUGUUGUAAACACAACUGGCUGUGGUUUUAAUAUAUUUAUUAAAGAAGAUAGAAUAGACGCUCUCCCCUGGGCUUUUAUACCAAGAACAUAG